GCAACGCCUACAUAUAUUAUCAAGCAAAAAUCAUGCAUGUCCAUAUCAAUGCAGAAAGAAAAGAGAAACCGCUCUCUAACAUCCCCAUGACACCGUCGGGUGCUCUUACAGCUCCUCGGCAAAAGUCUAACCGGGUUGGCGGCUGGUUGCCCCAGAAUCCGAAGCUUCUUAUCAGCUGGUUGCGAGAUCUAGUCGCCGAAGUCAACAAACACAAGCACGAUGCUUCUAUAAGUUCACUGCUCUUGAGUGAGCCGGUACAGCAACUAAAGGAGCUGAUUGAAAGCACUGCUGAACUUCGAAUGCUGGCUUCAGGCAUGUUUGACGAAGUCCCAGACAGGGCUCCCUACAAUGAGGAUCCUAUUGGGAACAAGCAAAUCAAAUCAUACCACGAAAUGCUCGAGAUGUUCGAUUUUGUCAUGAAUAACAAGGCUCCCUCUUGGAAAAAGCUCGAAUACGAUGCUGGUUUAAUUGGAUUCCCAUUCAACGCCAUCCUGGAUUGGCCAAUGGCCACAGCCAGCGGCUAUGCUUUCUUCCUCAAGCCCGAAGUCAAUUCAAAGCUCAAAUACAUCCUCAAUACCUGGAAAUCCGAAGUUCUCAUGACUGCAAAAUCCCAACAUGUCAUUACGACCGGUGAAGAUGGCUGGCUCAGCCAAGAUUCGCUAAUGAACAUCGAAAACGACACCAAUCUUACUGGCCAGGAGUUGACAUUCCAGCAGAUCUUCCAGUGUGAUCCACAAGCAGAUCCCAAACACUGGGGUUUUAAAUCUUGGGACGACUUCUUCGUUCGCAAGUUCAAGAAUAUUGAUCAAAUUCGCCCAGUCGCUUUUCCGGGGCAGCCAGAGUGGAUAGCAAAUUCUUGCGAGUCCAAGCCCUUUGCCUUGCAGUCAAAUGCCCAAGAGUACGACUCGUUUUGGCUCAAAGGCCAAGCAUACUCAGUCAGCGAGAUGCUUCAUGGACACAGAUUCGCCGAGCAAUUUGUCGGCGGCACCGUGUAUCAGGCGUUUCUGAGCGCCACGUCAUAUCACAGAUGGAGCUCGCCUGUGUCUGGGAAAGUUGUCCAUACCGAAGUUGUUGAUGGCACCUACUUCUCAGAGCCUGUCACCAAGGGCUUUACAUCUUCCGAGGGCCCUGAUCCAGCUUCUCCUAAUCGCGUCCAGAGCUACAUCAGUCACAUUGCCACGCGAGCCAUCUUCUUCAUCGAGGCUCCGAAGCCAAUUGGCCUCAUGGCAGCCAUGUAUAUCGGCAUGGCUGACGUCUCGUCUUGUGAGAUCUUGCAGAAGUUCGACGCCAAAUCUCUUCCUGCCAGUGUUGAAAAGGGAGAGGAGAUUGGGCUGUUCCAUCACGGCGGCUCUACCCACUGCCUCCUUUUUCGACAAGGAGUGAACCUCGCUUUUGUAACUGGGGCCAUCCCGGGCAACAGAGAGAAGAAUUUGCCAAUUAGAGGUCCGCUAGCGAUUGCGUAUUAAUGCUGAUGUCAUCCAGUACCUGUAAUCAAGCAUCUAGAUAUUCAAGAGGGGGAAGCAUACGUGAUAAAGAUACUAUCAGGAGCCUAUUAUUUUCAUGUUAUAUUAGCAGAGGUAUAUUCCACCACGAGACAAAGACGUCUUUCAUUCGAUUAUAAUCUUCAAUUCAAUUUUCUUGUAUAGUGAGA